AUGUUGACUUUCGGCGGCAGCGGUGGUUUUGCUUCAUCUGCCAAAUCUUCGGCUAAUGCUCGUGCUAAUGCAUUCAAUCCUUCAUCUAACCAAUACAACCCAUCUACAAGUCAAGGACGAAGUGGACAAACAUCUCAUCAAUCGCAUAACCGUGCAGCAGAUAACAACAGAAUUGUUAGAGAAAGUAGAUAG